AUGGACAUGAAGAGGAGGAUCCAUCUGGAGCUGAGGAACCAGAUGCCAGUGGCAGUUCCAGAACUUGUCCUGGACAAUUGCAAAUCAAAAAUUGAAAAACUGAGGGUUAAACAGCUGAAUUUGUGAACUUGGGGUUAGUUCCUCAGCUUAAUAAAUGUAGGCUUGAUUUUAGUUUCAAAUCUCCUCAAACUACGUAAGUUGAAAAAGCUUGAGCUCAGUGACAAUAGUAUCUUUGGACGUCUGGACGUGUUAGCAGAAAAACUUCCGAAUCUCACACAUCUAAACUUCAGUGGAAAAAAACUGAACGAUAUUAGCACCUUGGAACCUUUGAAAAAUUUGGAUUGUCUGAAGAGCCUGGACCUGUUCAACUGCAGCCAGAGCGUCUUCAGUCUCCUGCCCCAGCUGACCUACCUGGACAGCUAUGACCGAGAGGACUGGGAAGUCCCUGACUCAGAUGCCAAGGUAGACCGUGUGGAUGAAGAGGAGGACAAUGAAGAAGGAGAAGAUGAGGAGGAUGAGGAGGAUGAGAAUAGUGAGGAUGAAGAGUUUGACGAUGAAGAGGAUGAAGAUGAAGACGAAGAUGUAGAAGGGGAAGUAGAUGAAGAUGAAGUCAGUGGGGAGGAGAAAGAUUUUGGCCACAAUGGAGAAGUCGAUGAAGACAAAGACAAUGAGGAGGAAGCUGAAGAUGAAGAGGAGGAAGAAAGUGGAAAAGGCAAAAAGAGGAAGAGAGAAACUGAUGAUGAAGGAGAAGACGAUUAA